AUGGAUCCCAUCCUAGUGGAACUGCUUCCACAAUCGGAUAAUGAAAGGUUCCUUUCCUGCCCGCAGGAAGAACGAUGGAGCCGCCUACAGCCAGUUAUUAUCCAGCUCUACACGCGCAGACGUGCGGGAGAUGGGCGUACGGCAACAUUGGACCAGGUGGUCGAAUUCAUGAGAACACAUUACUCCUUUCAUGCGGUCACCCAUGAGUAUCGCCGACGUCUCAAAGACUGGGGUGUUAGCAAGCGCAUGGAACAACAGGAGAAGGACGCUAUCACGAGUGCUCUCGCGAGGAAGAAACGCCCCGGAGCAAGCGUGUCUGACGUCACUACCCAGCACAAUGGCGAGGACAGGCCUCUCGAUUACAAGAAACUGAAGAGACACUUGAUUGGCAGGAAGGCCUGCCUCGAAGUUGCACCUGGAUUAUUUUCUUCCUGGAACCUCCCUUACGCCGCAUUUGUUUCCUCCCUGCCCAAGAAUCCAGAAGCACCGUCCCCUUUCGGACCUCUUGGACCAACUCCAGACUAUUUGCAUAUCCAAAGUCCUGAAGCGCUCACUCCUGGUCGUGCGGCAGCUGGCCCAUCACCAAGGAUUCAACUUGUGUAUGAGAAGCACAAAGAGCAUUGCACAAGCCUUUUUCUGCAAGGACGCCUUGAGCAGCUUGUGAUUAGCCUUCCCAAAGCAGACCGCAGCUUCGUCCUGGCAAAGAAAUGGGGUCAGGAAAUGUCGAACCUAAAUCCAACACAAGCAUUUGGCCUCACACCCCAAACACGGAAUGCACAGAGUCCGUGGACGCCCUCGGUAUUUCUCAAUCUUUCUUCCGGGCCCUCUUCACCCGAAGUCUCGAGUGCGACAAAUAUAUCUUACCCACCAACACAGCUUUGUAAAUGGUCCAUUCAUAUAUCAUCCAUAUCUUAUCAACCCGUCAGUCGCAUGGAGGCGACUACUUCGCCGGAUUCACAACCACCAGCAGAUCCAGAGCCAAGCUCAUUUGUGGAUUCUCUGCAUCAGUCCAUGGCCUCGAAUGACUUUACCACCACGCCGAAAGCAGACCUUCCUCUGGCCCAGGAUAUGAUCACAAGGUCCUUGGAAGAGAACCCAGCCGCUCUCCAGUUAGACGCCUGGAAGUUAGCCAUAAUGGCAGGAAACAGGGAGCUUUUGUACCAACUCUGGGAAGACAGCGGAGAAGAGCCACCGGAAGGAAUCGAGGCUCUUCAUCCCUUCCACCUUGCGGCUGCAUUCCUGAAUGGCGGCAACCAGUGCUGCGGGGUAUUUACUGACCUUUUUCGGAUUCUUCCCUCAUCCUUUGCCUUUUAUCACAACAUUGAUGACCAUGGACACACAAUCCUUGAUGCUCUCGUAGUGGCCGUACUUCGCUCUCAUACCAGUAUUCAACCAGGUGCUGUGAGCUACGGAUUCCAUUCGCCCAAUCGAUUUCCUGGAGAAGAAAAUGAUAUCUGUGGCAGAUGGGACGCCGAAACUCCGACCGUUCGCGAGCUCUUCAGACAGGGAUAUGCUCGGAUCCCUACCAGAUGGAAGCACCCCUUCUGUCACACAGCCGUGCAGGCUGUUUGUCACAGCAUUAUUACCAUAUUUGCCUCACCCGCCUCACCAAGCAUCAACACAUAUAGUGGAUUGUUUCUGCGGCGUUGUACAGCUUGCGGCCUAGAGCUCAGGCUCAGACCUCUUCAUACGGUCGUUGUCACGGCCUUUUACCUGGCUCAGCUGGGAAUGCCUGGGGAAACCUUGUUUGGAGCACUUGCGAUGGUGGUAUGUCUUAUCACCCUUGGAGCCGACGUUUCGAUGAAGGCAAAUAUUUCCGUCGAGGAAAUAUUGAGGUCUUCCGACGCUGGGCAGUGCCGUCACACGCAACUUUCACCACUUGAUCUGAUAAGGGCCGUCCCUGGUGAUGUCAUUGAAGCUUGGAGCGAAAGUUGCCGAGUUGGCUGGGGUUGUCUCACUGAUGUCUUAGCUCUUGCUGUGUUGCAACAGGACCAAGAGCGAAGCAGCCGUUCUCACAGAUCGGCGAGUCUACUGGGAGACGAGUGGCCAGGUACUCCGGCGUCAAGCUUCAGCGAGUCCUCGGAUCAUGACUCGUGCUGGGGCACGUUCCAAGAGGAUUAUCACGACGACUGGCUCAAGCUACCAUGCAACGGCCCACGGAUUGGCCUUCUCUGGGCCUCGAUUCAGACUGAGCUCCUUACAUACCGCAGGGUCAGGGACGGAGACUCUUGGAUAUCCGAGAACUUUUCCAUGAAGGCGCUUAAGGCUUGGCUUGAGGAAGGCGACACAGAGCUUUCAAUGCCUCUCGUCCAGAACCGGAUGUUCAAGGUGCAUACACGUUGUGGAUGGUUCGGUAAAGCCUCGGAAUUUCUCUGCCCAACCGCCCAGGAAGUCUGCACAGAGUACUUCAUGAACAUGGACAUCUAUAGCAGGUCAUCAUAUAUCGGGCAACCUGAUCUACUUCAGUCUUUUGAGAGUCUGGAACAGAUAGAAGAUAAAAAAGUGUAA